CACCCUCCCUGGAACUUGGCAUUGACGUGUGGAGUAACAAACAUUCAUCAUUUCAUGUAUUGGAAAUGUCAUUACUACAGACAAAGAAAAUAGAACAUUUCCAUAAUACAUGAAGAUAGUGUAUUCAGAAAUUAAAAAGUGGAAGAAGCAAUAACAGAAGAAUGUCAGCUAAGACCAAUGUCUCAUAUAAUUUCUUAGGAAAAACCGGAGUGAAGGUGUCGAAUAUAUGUCUUGGUACCGUGACAUUUGGCAGCAGAAUACCUGGAGGACCAUUUGCUUGGUUUUACGGCAAUCCUAGACAAACUAAUGAGACAGAUUCACACAAGAUUCUGGAUCGCUAUGUUGAACUUGGUGGAAACUUUUUGGAUACGGCAGAUCUUUAUUCAGCUGGUGAAUCUGAAGAAAUAAUCGGUAAAUGGUUGAAAAAGCAGAAACGUGACAAUAUUAUCAUUGCGAGCAAAGCAGGAAUCAAAACACACGACAUUUCUGGGAGUUCUGUGGAACUUAGCAGAAGACAUAUCAUCAAAAGUUGCAUGGAAAGUCUUUAGAGACUGCAGACAGACUACAUAGAUCUUUAUCAGGCACACAUGUGGGACACUGCUACGCCUAUAGAAGAGACGUUACGUACCUUUGAUGAUCUCAUAAAGAGUGGAAAGAUUCGUCACUAUGGUUUCUCCAAUGUUUGUGGUUGGCAAAUGCAGAAAAUAAGUGAUACAGCAAAAUUGCUUAACCUGAACCCAUGUGUCAGUUUACAGCAACAUUACAAUCUACUCACGCGGGAUUCCGAACUUGAAUCAUUAAUAGCCUGUCAGAAUGAGGGAAUAUACGUGUUGCCAUGGGGUCCACUCAGAGGAGGUAUGCUCACUGGAAAGUUCAAAAAGGAUCAGGAACCUGACGCGACCGGAAGUCGUGUUGGAUAUUUUAACUCAAAGAAAGAAAUUCCUCAUUGGAUGAAAGACUGGAUAGAAUUUGGAAGCAACGACAAAUAUUGGGCACUGAUAACAGUCAUCGAAACAAUAGCAAAAGCGCAUGGUAUAGUACAUUUUAUACUUUUUUGA